CUGAAGGACGGGCCUCGGGGAGAGCGGUGCGGGCCUGAGCCCGAGCCGGGGGGCGGCGGCCCGGCGGGUAUGGCGUGCUGUUACAAGGUAAUGCUGCUGCUGGACACCGCGGGCGGCGCCGCUCGCCACAGCCGGGUCAGGCGGGCCGCCCUGCGCCUCCUCACCUACCUGAGCUGCCGAUUCGGCCUGGCCAGAGUCCACUGGGCCUUCAAGUUCUUUGACUCGCUGGGGACGCGGAGCCGACCCUCGCGCGUGUCCGACUUCCGCGAGCUGGGGACCCGCUCCUGGGAGGACUUUGAGGAAGAGUUGGAGGCCAGGCUCGAGGAUCGCGCCCACCUGCCCGGCCCGGCGCCCAGGGCCACCCACACUCACAGCGCCUUGAUGGAGACGCUACUAGACUACCAGUGGGACCGGCCCGAGAUCACGUCGCCUACUAAGCCGAUCCUGCGGAGCAGCGGCAGGAGACUGCUGGACGUGGAGAGCGAGGCCAGGGAGGCCGAGACCGCGCUCGGGGGCCUGGUGAACGCUGUCUUCCUCUUGGCCCCCUGUCCGCACUCGCAGAGGGAGCUGCUGCAGUUCAUGUCUGGGUGCGAGGCCCAGACCCAAGGCCUGCCGCCUACCCCUAAGCAGGUGAUGGAGAAGUUGUUGCCCAAGAGAGUUCGGGAAGUCUUGAUCGCCCGAAAAAUCACCUUGUACUGGGUGGAUACUACCGAAUGGUCUAAGUUGUGGGAAUCCCCAGACUACCUUGGGUACUGGACAGUUUGCGAACUGCUCCACCGUGGAGGAGGCACUGUCUUACCAUCUGAAUCUUUCAGCCUGGAUUUUACUAAAGCUGGGGAAACACUACUUGGGGAUAAAAGAAAGCCAUCGAGUGAACCUUGCCUCUCUCCAUGGAUUUCAACUCUGCCAACUGAUGCCACUCUAAACCGUUUGCUCUAUAAUUGCCCUGAGUAUGAAGCCUCAUUUCCACGGAUGGAAGGAACAUUAUUUCUCCCUCUUGAAGGCAAAGAGAGUCAAGAAACAUGGACAGUCACCCUAGAGCCCUUGGCCAUGCAUCAGAGACAUUUUCAGAAACCAGUCAGAAUUAUUCUAAAAGGCUCAGUGACCCAGUGGUCUCUCCCGAUGAGCAGCACUUUGGGCGCUGAUAGCUGGAUGCUACAGAGUCUGGAGGAGAACACAUUGACUCAGAGGCUGUUAUUUCAGCAGCUGGUAAGCAGACUGGCUGCUGAAGAGUUACAUCUGGUUGCUGAUGUGGACCCUGGUGAAGGCUGGCCCCCCGUCACUGGAGUUAUUUCCCCACUCUCUGCCAGUGCUGUGAUUCUCACUAUGUUCCGCUCUGAGAAGGCUGAAUUUCAAAAACAUGUUCUCCAAAGUGUUGUGGCCGAGGUCCCCCAGGACACAGCAUCCCUUUUCUCUGAGGUUGUGGAUGGUGUAUUGAAUCAGAUUAAUAACUCACCUGAAGAAGACUCUGCUACUGCUGCUCCUGUUCCAGAGUGGGCCCAGCAGGAGCUUAGCCUCACCAUUCCCUGGAGACCAGCUGUUAUGGAGAAGUGGUUUCCUUUCUCUAACAUUAGUGGUGCCAGUUCAAAUUUGAUGGAGUCAUUUCGGUUACUACAGGCUGCCUCAGCUAAUAAGGAAGAGUCUUCCAAAACUGAAAGUGAAUUAACACGUUGCCUCUCUGAGCUCUACCAGAGAAAAUCUCGAGAAGAAUCCACUGUAGCCAAUCAAGAAGACAGCAAAAAGAAACGAGGUGUCCCUCGUACUCCAGUGAGGCAGAAGAUGAAUACCAUGUGCCGUUCCUUAAAGAUGUUGAAUGUUGCAAGGUUGAAUGUAAAGGCUCAGAAGUUACAUCCAGACGGCAGUCCAGACAUAGCUGGGGAGAAAGGGAUUCAAAAGACAGCCAGUGCAAGAAUAGCAGACAAACCAGAAGACAGAGGAAGAAGAAGUUCUAAACCUAAAGAUUUUAAAACUGAGGAGGAACUACUAUCUUAUAUACAUGAAAAUUACCAAAAGACCGUGGCCACGGGAGAAAUCAUGUUGUAUUCAUGCGCUCAGAACAUAAUCUCAACCGUUAAAGUGUUUCUAAAAUCAAAAGGCACCAAGGAAUUAGAAGUAGACUGCCUGAAUCAAAUAAAAAGUAACCUCUUAAAAACUAGCAAAAGUCUUCGACAGAAUAUAGGACAAAACCUGAAUAAGGAAGACAAAGUUAGAGAUUGCCAGCUUCAGAUAUUUCUUCGUUUGGAGAUGUGUGUGCAGUGCUCUUCAAUACAUGAAAGUACAGACGAUAUAGAGCAAAUAGUGGAGGAGGUGACAGAUUUGCUGCGCAUGGUGUAUUUAACUGAGGGUUCAGCAUAUCUAGCAACGUUUCUGGAGGAAAUUCUUACAUUGUAUAUUGACUCUAUCCCAAAGACACUUGGAAAUCUUUACAACAACUUAGGGUUUAGGAUUCCUCAGAAGCUGGCUGGUGUCCUUCCUACAGAUUUUUUCAGUGAUGACUCCAUGACACAAGAGAGCAAAUCACCUCUUCUUUCUGUGCCUCUUUUGUCAAGUACUCAUGGGUCAGUGUCUGGAGGCACUGAAUCUGACCAGCUGGAAGAACUGCGUACAAGAUCAGCCAAGAAGAGAAGGAAAAGUGCGUUAAUAAGACAUAAAAGCAUUGCUGAGGUUUCACAGAAUCUUCGACAAAUUGAAAUUUCCAAAGUGUCUAAGAGAACUACAAAAAAAGAGACCUCUCAUCCUGCUGUUCAGCAGCCUCCACUCCCAGUGAAAGAGACAGUACAAGAAGUGACCAAAGUUCGAAGAAAUCUUUUUAACCAGAAGAUGCUUUCCCCUUCAAAGAGACCAUUAAAGCGGGGGUUGCCUAGAAGCCAUUCCGUGUCAGCUGUGGAAGGUCUAGAGUAUAAAUUUGACAACUUCAAGAAGACCAAAGGUUAUCACAAACUGCUGACUAAGAGUGUGGCCGAGACUCCAAUACAUAAACAAAUCUCCAGAAGGCUGCUUCAUAGACAAAUCAAGGGCCGGUCCUCUGAUUCUGGUCCUGAUAUUGAUGUUGUUGAAGAGUCCCCUGAAAAAGGAGAUGAAAUAAAUUUGAGACGAAGUCCUCGAAUCAAGCAGUUGUCAUUUAGCAAGACACAUUCUGGCUCCUUCUAUUCUGCGUCUCAGCCAAAGUCUCGAAGUGUGCAAAGAGUCCACUCAUUCCAUCAAGAAAAGUCAGACCAAAGAGAAAAUUCUCCGGUCCAAAGUAUUCAGUCUCCCAAGAGGCUUCUUUUUGGGGCAGUAUCUGAGAUGGUCAGCCCCUCAGAGAAGAGUAUGGCCCAAAUUAAAAGACAUUCAAGAAGUAUGUUGGAUUCAGAGCUACUUACAUCCUACCAGACUCCCAAAAAGAAUCACUGGAAAUCUCCAGGCUUUCCUAAAACUACACCAAGACGGUUCCCUCGUACACUACAAGCUCCGUUGUUCACUUCAGAAAGACUGCAGAAAUCCCCUUCAGAAAUGUCACCUGCAAGGCAGGCACUUUUUAAAGAGUCCUUAAAAGACUCCUCACAAGGCUGUUGUUCACUGUCAGAAUCAAAAGUCACUCCUCAAAAAGGAUACUCCCUGGCAGGAGAAGGUACCUCUCUUGAGAUGAAGACACCAAGAACUCCCAAAAGGCAAGCUGCUCUGGCAUCUGGGAUUUUGCCGAAUUGUGCUUGGUUGCCUUCAGUGAAUUCCAGCCCAGACAGCUCCUCUUGCCCAGCAUCCCCAGCUCCAUUAACUGCCCAACCUGGGACUGAGUGUCUGACUCCCAGCAGAUACUCUCUCAGGACACCUCGGAAAACAGUGGCCUACAUGGGCAUAGCUCCAAACCAAAAAUACCAACAGCCUCAUGUUCCCAGAGCUUCCCAGGCAGAGGAACCAACUCGGAAACUAAAGGAGAAAGCUGUCAAAACCCCACAGAGGCCAGGGAAUUCAACUACGAUUUCUUCCCCACCUGUUACUCCACAGAAACUAUUUACCUCUGCUUUAGGUAAUAUUUCCAAGAAGAGUCCAUUUAGGAAAUCUUUGAGAGCAUCUCCUCCCACUGGAGAACUGGAUUGGAAAGAGCCCCAGAUGCCAUCCAGUGUAGACACAUCUCUCUCCUAUCCUGUUCCCUCAACACCUCUCAAACUCUCACAGAUAGCUACAUCUGACAUCAUCCCCCCGCUUCCCCCUUCCAAAAUGGGGAGGCGAUGUAGAAAGACCUCUAAUACUGAAAGGAGCUUCCUGGAGUGCCAGCCUGACACCCCCACUGCUCCUGGGGUUGGCACAGCUGACAGCCCAGCUACCAUCAGAGACUCUAGAAAGGACCAGAAAGGAGUGACUCCUUGGUCUCCUUCAGAAAGAUGGAGUUACUCAAGCACUGGUUUUGGGAGUGACUGGCAAGCAUCCUCUCCUUUGCUCAUCACAAAUAACACAGAGUAUCUCACUGUCAUCAGUGAAACUGACCACCAUGGCAGUGAUAACUUGACAAGUACCAUAUCACUGGUGGAAAAAGGUGAGGGCUUAAGGACAGUGGCUGCUGAUGAGAAGCCUUCUCUGUCUCACCCCGGGAUCCCUCCAUCUCCUCCUUCCUCUGGGCCCAGCUCUCCUCUGGUGGCCUCCUAUGACCUGCGCUGUACCACAGACAGAAGGCAGCGCCAGGCCGCAGCACUAGAGAACCUGCAGCCAUCAGCUAGGCACUCCAGAGCCACUGCCAGCCCCCAGACCUAUGAGGUUGAGCUGGAGAUGCAAGCUUCUGGCCUUCCCAAGCUUCGAAUUAAAAAGGUAGAUCCCAGCUCUUUGUUAGAAGCUGAGCCCCUCAGAAAGGAGGAGAGCUUUCUGGGCGAGGAGAGCUUCUUCCCCACUCUUGGCAUGCCCAGGGGCAGCAGGUCCUCAAGCAAACCCGAACCCACCUACACAUCACCCCCCUGCCUCCACCUCUCCCACAGCACACCUGGUAAGAACAGGGGGCAAACCUACAUCUGCCAGGCCUGCACCCCUACCCGCUGCCCCUCUAGUACCUCCUCUCCAUUUCAAACAGAUGUUGGGGUUCCCUGGACACCAUCCCCCAAGCACAGUGGGAAGACAACUCCUGACACAAUCAAAGACUGGCCCAGGAGGAAGAGAGCGGUGGGCUGCAGCGCCGGCCCCUCUGCUGGGAGGGGUGAGGUCAGUACUGAGUUUCCUGGGAGCCUGUCAUUGCUGGAGCCCGAGGGAAAGGAGCAAGGCCUUGAACUCAGCAUCCGCAAGACUCCUGUCUCAGAGGAUUUCGAGCUCGAGGGAGUAUGUCAGCUGCCAGACCAGUCGCCUCCCAGGGACAGUAUGCCUAAGGCUGAGGAAGCCUCGUGGGAACAGUUUGGGUUAAAUUCUAGGAAGAGACUGCUGUCUGCCAAGGAAGAAGCUGAGGGUGAAGCCAAAAGAAUCUGUAACAGCCUAAGAGAAAAUUCUGAAGUGAGUAGGAGUGAAGAGAGGUCUCCAAGUUCCAGUGUGCGGCAGAUCCCCUCCAUGGGAGAUGAUGAGGUGUUUGCAUCUGGCUCCACCCCGCCUCCCAGCUGUACCAUGUGGAGCUGCCUCUCUGCCAGUGGUCUCCAGGCUCUGACCCAGUCUCCACUGCUGUUCCAGGGGAGAACACCUUCCUCUCAGCGCAAAGACCCCAGAGAUGAGGAUGUGGAUAUAUUCCCCCCCACUACAGAAGAAUCUCCUUUCAGCCGAGCACUCUCCAGGAGACGCCCCAUCAGCAGGACUUACACACGGAAGAAGCUGAUUAGCUAG